UCCAAUAUCAGAAAAACACAGAAGAAUCAGUCUGACGUCAUUGAUCUGUCGGAAUACUCUCAAGACUGCCAUACAGCUAGUCUGAACUGACUUUGGCUUUGGAAUAACACGCGCUUUCACGUGGUCGAUCGGUGGUAUUUCGAUGAAAAUUAAGUAAUUCAUCACUUUUUCUCAUACAAACGCUGAAUUUUGAUCGUUUUUAUUGGAUUAAGCCCUGAGCAAAGAAUGCGGUUUACUCUGGCCGUACUCAUGAACAAGAUAGUGUUGCACACAGACAGAAUGUUAUUAAUAUGUAUGUGUCUGUAUACGUACCGCUGAAACAUUUCUGGAAACAUCAAUAAGAUGCAAAUACCACAAACAUGUAGCACACUGCUGUUGGUGGCCAUCGUUACUUCAUGUAUACCAAUCGCCCACCAGAUAUCAACCCCGCCACUGCCAUCAGACAACCAGAAGGACGUAACAAAUCACUCGCCCGGAACCCGACAACAUAUUCCCAACACCAACCAAUCCAUAUUUCUUCACGGCCAUGAUGACAACAAAUCUUCAUCUUCCAGUCAACAAAUGCAAACUACUAAAAAACAUCAUACGCGGAAAAAUGGAACUACCACCGGACAUUCAAAAUCCCAUGACCAUCACAAACAGUCGUCUGAACAUACAGGCCAAGCAAAUGAUGGAUAUGCCUUCCAAUACAACGAACUUAGGGAAAAAACUGAGCGUAAUACGGCGGACAAUGCGACAAAUAAUGACUUAUCAUCCUGGACAAGCAACGCUGAUCAUGUAAAUGUAGUAUCUACAUCCGGUAAUAGCUUACAUGAUGAGGAUGAUACUGACAAAAACAGUGAGGAGUACCAGGCUUUACACCACCACGCGGACGGUAUCCAAUUGUUUCCAGUGCAUUUCAUGCACGUUAAAUAUCCGCUUAUAUUCACCCUGGUUAUGAUUUUGGCGGGAUUUAGCAAGAUCGCAUUCCAUCACUCACAGUUUUUGUCAUCAAAAGUUCCAGAGUCGUGUUUGCUGAUUGUUCUUGGCUGUAUAGUCGGUGGUGUUUUACGGUAUUCAGGUCUGUCGAAGAAAUUCACGCUUUUCACCCCACACGAGUUCUUCCUGUUUCUACUGCCUCCCAUAAUCCUGGAAUCUGCCUUCAGUCUUCAUGACAGAACAUUUGCUGAGAAUAUAGGAGGGGUCCUCCUCUUUGCUGUUUUAGGAACUGUUCUGAACUUCUUCCUCAUAGGACUGUCGUUAUGGGGCAUGCAUAUUGCUGGAGCCAUGGAAAAUGUCGGUGUCUCCUUGGUCCAAAUACUUGUCUUCAGUUCUCUCAUAGUGGCAGUUGACCCAGUAGCAGUUUUAGCGGUCUUUCAGGAAGUUGGUGUAAACAACACGUUGUAUUUCCUUGUCUUUGGAGAAUCGUUGUUAAACGACGGUGUUACGGUGGUGCUUUACAAUGUGAUGCAAAUUUUCAACGCACUCGAGGUCAUUACAGUCGGCCAGAUAUUUCUGGGUCUGGCCAAGUUUUUCAUCGUGGUCUUCUUCGGGCUCCUCCUAGGCAUCGUGUGUGGUCUUCUGUCCUCCUUCAUAACCAAAUUCACAAACUCCGUCAAAGUGGUUGAACCUCUCAUAGUAUUCGGGUUUGCCUACCUCGCGUACUUGCUGUCAGAAUUGUUCGAGUUCUCAGGUAUUGUCAGCAUUAUGGCGUGUGGCAUGGUCCAAGUGCACUAUGCAUUCCAUAACAUCACUAACAAGGCCAGGCUGUCAAUCAAGUUCUUCGCUAAAGUCAUGGCUACAGCAAGCGAAAUCAUCAUAUUCCUGUUCCUCGGCAUCGUCACUCUGGACCAGCAGCACGACUGGAAGACUGGCUUCACGCUGUGGACGCUCUUCUUUUGUAUUCUCUACAGAUUCAUCAGUAAGUGUCAUCAUAGAACGUACGGUACACACAAGACAGUUGAAUGCUACCAUGACUACUAA